AUGGUGAACAUCACGGAAAAGAUUAAGGAUGAAUAUAGGUUAAUACGUAUUUCUGGUGGUGUACAGGAUCGAGGAGGAGAUGCGCAGGACGCAAAAAAACAAGGCCACUGGUAUGUUCAUAUACGUUCAAUUCCCGAAAAAACAAAAUUAACACCUUCCAGAAUACCAUUUAGGUCUACUCAAGGGGUUUGUGUACCCGUGAACAAAAAGCUCGCACGACUACGAGCCCAACUUCUUGAACCAACGGGAGGGUCUGGGUCAGGCGGAGGAGCCGGUUUUGAUGUUAGCAAGAGCGGAGAUGCUCGAAUAUCUCUUGUUGGAUUCCCUUCCGUUGGAAAGUCGACAUUUCUAUCAAAGAUAACCAAGACCAAGAGUGAAGUUGCCGCGUAUUCCUUCACAACUCUCACGGCUAUCCCAGGCGUGUUAGAGUAUGGUGGCUCAGAAAUUCAGAUCCUAGAUCUUCCUGGAAUUAUUGAAGGGGCAGCGGAAGGCAAGGGACGAGGAAGGCAGGUUAUUUCUGCGGCUAAGACGAGUGACUUGAUUCUGAUGGUUUUGGACGCAACGAAGCGAGCUGAGCAGAGAGCAUUGCUAGAGGCUGAAUUAGAAGCUGUUGGAAUUCGACUGAACCGAGAAGUGCCAAACAUCUAUCUAAAAGUUAAAAAGGCCGGUGGGAUGAAGAUCACCUUCCAGUCACCCCCCAAGUAUCUUGACGAGAAGAUGCUGUACAAUAUUUUGAGAGACUACAAGGUGCUCAACUGCGAAGUCCUGGUCAGGGAUGAAAAUGCUACGGUCGACGACUUCAUAGAUGUGAUCAUGAAAGACCACAGAAAAUAUAUCAAGUGCUUGUACGUGUAUAACAAAAUCGACAGCGUCAGCCUGGACUUCCUCGACCAGCUAGCGAGGGAACCUCACACCUGCGUGAUGAGCUGCGAGCUCGACCUCGGCAUCAGAGACGUGGUAGACCGAUGCUGGCAGGAACUCCAGCUCAUCCGUAUCUAUACAAAGCGGCAAGUAAAAGGAGUCGACCCCGACUUCAAUGAGGCUCUUAUUGUGAGAAGCAACUCGACAAUCGAGGAUGUGUGCGACCAAAUCCACCGCACGCUCAAGGAGUCUUUCAAGUACGCCCUUGUCUGGGGCGCCAGCGUCAACCAUGUGCCGCAGCGAGUAGGCCUCGGGCAUCUCGUAGCAGACGAAGACGUCGUCCAUAUCGUGUCCAAGUAG